AUGUCCGCUGAGCAGAGCUUCUCCCAGGCCGAUCUGCGUGCGACUCAGCAGGACUACAAGCGCGAUGCUACUCGCAAGCAUAAGUGGGCCUUGGGACCAACUCCAGGCGUGGGCCGAGCUGAGGGCAAGCCGCGGCCACUUCGCUCCGCAGCAACUGCCUACAACCAGAAGCGCCGCGAAGAGAAGGGUGCCGCCAUCGCCUCCCUCGCCCACGGCGCCAAAGUGAGCCGCAAGCACGACAUGCUCGAGGGCGCUGCCAUCACCGACGACUCUUCGGCCGCUAGCAGCUCCGAGAGGGACACUCCUUCCCCACCACCUGCCGAUGCCGAGAUCACCUACUCUUACGACGCAUCCCGCGGUCCUACCAAGGGAAGCCAGAUCCUCAACGCGGCUCUUGCGAAAGCUGUCGAUGCGUUCCAAGAGAAGGAGACCGUCAAGCUGGUCAAGAGCGAGUACGAGCUUCUCGAUGCCGAUGGCGAGACCAUGAAGGCUACACCGAAGAAGGGAAAGAAGAGCAAGGCCAAGGCUUCAGCUUCGCAGGAGGCUGUCGUCACACCAGACGCCGACGAGGACUACGAGUUUGUCUAG